AUGGUUCUUUCUUUAAUUCGAUGCAUAUGCUGUCAGGAAAUUAAUAGCGACUAUGAGACAUGUUUUUCUACAUAUUACUGGUUUUUCAAAGUAAAGCUAAUGGAGAUGAGUUUGUUUGGAAGUAAACCUUUAUUUGGCUCAACGGCCACAUCGGCUACUACCUCUGGUUUCACAUUUGGAUCUACUGCAACCACAACAACUUCAUCCUCUUUAUUUGGGUCCACCACUACCACCACGCCUGCAUCGAAACCACUUUUUGGAAGUGUACCACAGUCUGGAACCACAACAUCACUUUUCGGUACAACUACAACAACGUCUGGAGGCCUUUUUGGCAGUAAAACCACGACAACGACGACUGCAUCGGGUGGCUUAUUUGGAUCAGCGACGACUGGAGGACUGUUUUCUAAACCAGCUACAUCUGGUUUCGGAAGUACUGGAGGAACUGGGCUCUUCGGAUCGAAACCACUGGGUGGUGGAUUGUUCGGCUCUGCUGCUACAGCACAACCGGCCACUGAAACAAAGCAGACUAUUCAGGGGAUAUUACAAGAAUCUGAUGCAUUGGUCCGAUCGUUGACAAAGGUCGAGCUUUUUGGUGAUGAACGUGAUGAAAUGGUCGCAAAACUCAAUCAGCUUGCCGCUGCUUUGGGUACUGGAUGUGGUUACUACAAGGAUGGACAACAGCCUGUGCAGUACACCCAGGGAGGACCGUUCCAUCGCAUAAAAGCUAUUGGUUACAAUCGAACUUCAGAAUACGCCGACUCAGACGGUAUUGUUGCUCUUGUGGUGAAGGCAUCGUUUACUGAUUAUCAGACAAGUGAGCAGAAGCAGAAGUUUGUGGAUACCUUGUUUGUCAUUCUUGGCAGCAAACCAACUAUUCAUGCACACAUCGAAAGUGUAAAGGCGCUCCCAGAUAAUCUCACGGAAGUUUGUGUCUACGUCACUGAAAAGUUUCGUGGUCGCAUUUCUAGUAAAGAGCUAGCUCAGUUCUUCAACCAAGCUACUCAGAAACAGCAGCUGGAAACUCAACUCAAAGUGGAUAAAGAGAAGAUCGUGUGUCGUGUUAAGAUGGACAAGCAGCAAAAAGAGCUCUACUUGAAAGAUCCUCCCACUGGAUUUGAUGCAUCAUUGUGGGCACAGGCUGUGCGAGAGAAUCCGGAUCCUGAAAAAUUACUUCCAUAUCCAAUUCGGGGCUUCGAGCAACUGAGGGCAAGGCAGAAGGCGCAGAUCGAGAAUGUUCAAGUGGAGAACGCAGUCGUAGAAGCAAUGAAAUCACGUAUAGCUAGACUUGAAACAAGUGUAACGGCGGCAUCCGUUCAACUGGCACAACAGAAAGUAAUACAACAGCGCCUUUCCCACAGAUUGCUUAGAGUGCUGUCUAUGCAGAUGUUAUCUCAACGUUUCACGCAAGGAAUUGAUGCCACUGAGGAAAGCAUGCAAUCGGCUUUGGAGUCAAUUAAUGCACGACUAAACGCUCCAUAUCAGAUCAAGGAACGUAUUGCUGAAAUAUCGGAAACGCUUCGCACUGAUGAUGCAGCACUGCGAUCGUCGCUAUCGAAGGAAGCUAAUUUCAUUGAUGAAGCGGAUGCUUUGAAUUUGAAGAAGUAUCUAGAUAGGUGCCAAGAUGGCUUAGAAAGUCUCGUAGCAGUGUUGAACUCAAAUCUGGAAGAUUUACAAUUAAUGACUACUGCUGUUGAUGCUUAG